CAGGAGAAGGAAACACCAGCUGGAAAAAGAAUAAUGGAAAAUUGUACAGACACAAAUAAUAGCUCCACCUGCACAGAAAUUCCCUACAAAGACAGCAAGACACUUCUGGUUGCUGUUUACAGCAUCGUUUUUGCCAUAGGUCUUCCAGCAAAUUGCUUAACUUCCCUUCUUACAUUUGUACAAAUCCAAAGGAAUAAAGUAAUCGCCAUCUACAUCUUCAGUUUAUCAGUGUGUGAGUUGAUGUAUUUAAGUACUUUGCCUCUCUGGAUUAUCUACGUGCAAAAUGAGCAUCAAUGGACUAUGGGUGCAAAGCCUUGCAGAAUAACAGGAUUCAUCUUUUUCUGCAACAUAUACAUCAGCAUUCUGCUUUUGUGCUGCAUUUCUAUGGAUCGUUACGUGGCACUGGUGUAUGCUCUGGAGUCAAGGGGGAGAAGAGGACAGAAAAAGGCAAUCAUAAUAGUGUUUUUUCUCUUUGCUGUUGUUGCAAUAAUCCACACGCCAGUAUUUUACAUGGAAGAUCAACCAGAAAAUAAGACCUGCUUUGAGACUUUGCCUCUUGACAUAAAACUGGCUUCUUUCAGCUUUGCCAGAUUCCUGUUUGGAUUUGCCAUACCUUUCAUAAUCCUCAUUUUCACAAACUACAAAAUUUUCCAAAGUACAAAAACAAGCAGCAGCUUGACUUGUCACCAAAAAGCCAAAGUGAAGUAUCUGGCUAUAGCCAUUAUUGUAAUUUUCCUGAUCUGCUUUGCUCCCUACCAUGUGGUACUCAUAAUAAGAUCCAUAUACUUCAUGUUUCAUCAAAAUUGCUCAUGUCCAUUUGAAAAGGAGAUAUAUUCAAUUUUUACAGUGUUUCUGUGUUUAGCCACUGCAAACAGCAUUGCCGAUCCAAUCAUCUAUGUGCUGGUUAGUGAAAACGUCAGAAAAGAUUUUUAUAGGAGUCUGAGAAGAUGGAGAUUGAACUCAUCCAGGCUAAAUUCAUCUAUUAAUCACAAGACUGACAGCAUAAAAUUGAAAAUGUCAAAAGAAUCACAGGAAGGAGGACUAAGAGAAGAAAACAAAGAAACACCAGGUUCAUCUGACAUUCAAAAGAUCUGUAAUAGUGGCGAAGACGAAGAAGGUGGUAGCUAG